CUCCGCGGCUGAGUCGUUUUCUCUCGGUCAAGUUUUUCAACUUUUUCUGGAUAUUAACUGUUUUUCCAGCGUGGUUUGGCCAUGGUGGACGCGGCUGAGUGCGGUGUGAAGGUGAUGUGCCGCUUCAGGCCACUGAACGAGUCGGAAAUCAGCAGAGGAGACAAAUUUAUACCCAAAUUUAAAGGGGAGGACACGGUGGUGGUCUCGGGUAAACCUUAUGUGUUUGAUCGAGUUCUUCCUCCCAAUUCAACCCAAGAGCUGGUCUACGACUCCUGUGCUAAACAGAUUGUUAAAGAUGUGCUCGAAGGAUAUAAUGGAACCAUUUUUGCCUACGGCCAGACUUCAUCAGGGAAGACCCACACCAUGGAGGGGAAACUUCAUGACCAUGAGCUUAUGGGCAUCAUCCCCCGCAUUGCUCAGGACAUCUUUGACCACAUCUACUCUAUGGACGAGAACCUGGAGUUCCACAUUAAGGUUUCCUAUUUUGAGAUUUACUUGGACAAAAUCAGAGACCUGUUGGACGUUUCCAAGACCAACCUUGCUGUUCAUGAAGACAAAAACAGGGUACCGUAUGUGAAGGGCUGCACAGAGCGAUUUGUUUCCAGCCCUGAGGAGGUCAUGGACGUUAUUGAUGAAGGCAAAACCAACCGUCAUGUAGCUGUCACAAACAUGAAUGAGCACAGCUCACGCAGCCACAGCAUCUUCCUAAUCAACAUCAAGCAGGAGAACAUGGAGACGGAGAAGAAGCUGAGUGGGAAGCUCUACCUGGUGGAUCUGGCUGGUAGUGAGAAGGUCAGCAAAACUGGAGCAGAAGGAGCUGUCCUGGAUGAAGCUAAAAAUAUCAAUAAAUCUCUCUCUGCUCUGGGGAACGUCAUCUCUGCACUGGCUGAGGGAACCAAAACUCAUGUGCCAUACAGAGACAGUAAGAUGACCCGGAUCCUGCAGGACUCUCUGGGCGGUAACUGCAGGACCACCAUCGUCAUCUGUUGCUCUCCAUCCGUCUUUAACGAAGCCGAGACCAAAUCAACACUCAUGUUCGGCCAAAGAGCAAAGACCAUCAAGAACACCGUGUCAGUAAAUAUGGAGCUGACGGCGGAGGAGUGGAAGAAGAAGUAUGAGAAGGAGAAAGAGAAGAACAGGGGGCUGAAGGUCAUCAUCCAGCGACUGGAGAACGAGCUCAAACGCUGGAGGAAAGGCGAGGCAGUUCCGGUCGAAGAGCAGCAUAAGAGCAAGGAAGCGAAGACCUCUGAAGCCACGCCCAUUAUCGACACGCUGGCCCCGCCCCCACAGCCUCUUUGUGACACAGAGAAAACCCAAUACGAGGAGCUGAUCAAUGACCUCUACCAGCAGCUGGAUGACAAGGACGAUGAGAUCAACCAGCACAGUCAGCUGGUGGAGAAUCUGAAGGAGCAGAUGGUGGAUCAGGAUGAGUUGUUGGCGUCGCUGCGGCGGGACUACGAGAAGCUGCAGGAGGAGCUGGGGCGUCUGCAGCAGGAGCACCAGGCUGCCAAGGAGGAGGUGAAGGAGGUGCUGCAGGCAUUGGAGGAGCUGGCAGUGAACUAUGACCAGAAGAGCCAGGAGGUGGAGGAGAAAGGAAGGUCCAACAAGCAGCUGAACGAGGAGCUCUCACAGAAGAGCACGCUGCUAGCCACUGUGGAGAGGGAUUUCGCCACCCUUCAGGAGAUGAGUGGACAUCAUAAGAAGAGAUCUGCAGAGAUCCUUGGCAUGCUGCUCAGAGACCUCAGCGAGAUUGGAAGCAUCGUCGGUACCAGCGACCUUAAAGCUAUGACAGAAACACAUGGAGUGAUGGAGGAGGAGUUCACCAUGGCCCGCCUCUACAUCAGCAAGAUGAAGUCAGAGGUGAAGUCUCUGGUGAACCGCAGCAAGCAACUGGAAGUUGCCCAGGCUGACACAGCACGCAAGAUGCAGGCCAAUGAGAAGGAGCUGGCAUCCUGCCAACUGCUAAUCUCCCAGCUCCAGGCCAAGAUUAAGUCCCUAACGGACUACAUGCAGAACGUGGAGCAAAAGAAGAGGCAGCUGGAGGAGAGCCAGGAUUCACUGAUGGAGGAGUUGGCUAAACUCCAUGCGCAGGAAAAGAUGCAUGAAGUGUCCGUGAUGGACAAGGAGAAGGAGCAUAUGAGCAAGAUGAAGGAUGCUGAAGAGAUGAAGAAAACUCUUGAGGAGCAGAUGGAGACUCACCGAGAGGCCCAUCAGAAGCAGCUGUCUCGUCUCAGAGAUGAGCUCGACGAGAAACAGAAGAUCCUGGACGAGCUGAAAGAUCUGAACCAGGCACUUCAGCUGGAGCAGAAAAAACUCCUCUCUGACUACGACAAGCUCAAAGAGCAGGAACGAGAGAAAGAUGAGAAGCUGCAAAAACUAGUUUUACUAAAUGAGAAGAGGGAGCAGGCCAAGGAGGAUCUGAAGGGUCUUGAGGAGACUGUGGCAAAAGAGCUACAGACGCUCCACAAUCUGCGUAAGUUCUUCAUUGAGGACCUGAACACGCGUGUCAGCAGGAGUGUAGAAUUGGAUCCUGAUGAGGGCGGCAGCCUGGCUCAGAAGCAAAAGAUCAUUUUCCUGGAGAACAAUCUGGAACAGCUCACUAAAGUCCACAAACAGUUGGUGCGUGAUAACGCAGAGUUGCGUUGCGAGUUGCCUAAGCUGGAGAAGCGUCUACGGGCCACAGCAGAGCGAGUGAGGGCUCUGGAGGCAGCACUAAGGGAGGCCAAGGAGAACGCCAUGAGGGACCGCAAGCGCUACCAGCAGGAGGUGGACCGCAUCAAAGAGGCCGUCAAGGCCAAGAAUCAAGCAAGGAGGAGCCACACUGCACAGAUUGCCAAGCCCAUUCGCGCUGGACAUCAUCACUCAGCUGCCACCGGCUCGCCGGGCCACAGCAUUAGAGGAGGAGCCCAGGUCGCGUCCAGCCCGCGCCGUCAGCACCACUACCAACAAGCUCAGCACUACCACCACAGCAGCAGCAACAGCAGCAACAGCAGCAAGUGA